GCUACCACUUCCAAUAUUUUUCAACACACACACACACACACACACACAACUUUUUCAAGAAUCUUCUUUCUCUAUAUAUACAGAAGCAUUAGCUUUAUAUUGAAGAAAAUUCACAAAGGCAAAAACCCACGUUAAUUAAUUUAUUGCUCAAGAAAGAAGCAAUAUUGUACUACUAUCUUUAAAGACCAUGAGAAUCUUGCCUUUUCUUGCCAUUUUUCUCUUGUGUGGAGUGAUUUCUAGCCAUGCCAAAACUCAUCAUCAAACCUAUGUUGUGAGUGAUACUCCAUAUAGCAGGCUAUGUAGCAACAAAAGCAUAUUGACAGUAAAUGGGAAAUUUCCUGGUCCAACUAUUCGUGUGACAGAGGGUGAUACAAUUGCAAUUGUUGUUGUGAAUAGAGCAAAAGAAAAUAUAACUAUUCAUUGGCAUGGGGUUAAGCAGCCAAGGUAUCCGUGGUCGGAUGGGCCGGAAUACAUAACACAAUGCCCAAUCCGGCCCGGGACUAAUUUCAGCCAGAAGAUUGUGCUGUCGGACGAGAUUGGGACUAUGUGGUGGCAUGCACAUAGCGACUGGUCACGGGCUACAGUACAUGGUGCUUUGAUAGUUUAUCCUCGUAUUAAGGAUGACUAUCCUUUCCCCGUGCCCGAUGAAGAAGUUCCAAUCAUUAUAGGAGAGUGGUGGAAAAGUGAUAUAUUUGCUGUUUUGAAUGAAUUUCUUGCGGAUGGAGGAGGCCCUAAUGCAUCUGAUGCAUAUAUGUUAAAUGGACAGCCUGGUGAUUUGUAUCCAUGCUCAAACCAAGGUUUGUGUUUCUUCAUUUUUAGUGGUAUAUAUGUGCUAGUAUCUAAUAUUUUAAAUUUUAUUUUAUGGAAUUAUAGUGAAUCUGCAUAUGGGGGACAAUUUUCAAAAAUAGUUUCUAAAAUCCGAUUGCAUUUUUUUAAUGUAUUUUUUAUGGCUUACCUCAAACCCUUCACCACCGACUACAUCGCCAUCUCCCCAGGCCAAACCAUCGACUUAUUCAACUACACGGCGGCCGCUGUUCCCCAGGAUCUGUGGGAGCCACAAAACGGGACGAGGGUGAGAAUGUUGGACUUCAACGCGACGGUGGAGCUCGUGUUUCAGGGUACUAGCACGGCCAGAUCACCGCUCGACCAUCCCAUGCAUCUCCACGGCCACAGCUUCUACGUCGUGGGGUGGGGGUAUGGGAAUUUCAACUCCACCCGAGACCCGCCAAACUACAAUCUCAUCGACCCGCCGCUACAGAACACCAUCGCGGUGCCCAGAGCUGGCUGGACCGCGAUCAGAUUUGUUGCCAAUAAUCCAGGGGUUUGGCUAAUGCAUUGCCAUUUCGAGAGACAUAUAACAUGGGGAAUGGAGAUGACGUUUAUUACGAGAAAUGGGAAGGGCCCAAAUGAUACGAUGCUUCCUCCACCGUCGGAUUUCCCUAUGUGUUGAUCAAAUUCAGGAGAAAUUUUUGAAUGUACGAAUAUUCAAUAUUCGCGAUUUAAAAAUAGGUGGUGUGGCGAAAAAUAAAUGUUUUCAAAUUAUAUUUGUAAUAAGUUAGAAAAGUUAUUAGAUUUGGAAUAAUUUUUUUUUAUAAUCGAUUGAUGUAACUUGUGGGUUUCACAUUGGGGAGAACUGAGAACAUAAUGAGCAAUCAUAUAUUGAAGUGUAUUGUGUAACGUUCCCACUUUUAUAAGUGAAAUGAAUAUAUUUAAUGAGAUUUUGUUA